UCAGACGUCACUUUCCCUCGACGCUCGAAACGAGGAGACCUUUUUCCGGUUGGAUUACGACGCACGGCCGCUCGCCCUUUCGCCAAAAAACAAAAAAUGUAUUACAAAUUUAGCGGUAUCACACAGAAGCUGACUGGUUCUUCUCCGGCGACUGCCUACACGCCUCAGGGCCUGAGGCCAAGUGUACCAACAGAAUCCCCUUCCAUGAUCUUUGCCACACCCACUAAGGUGGUAUCAGAGACCGGGGCCAUGGCGGAGUACAUGGGGUCUAACAAGGUGCCUGACUUCCAGCGGAUAUUCCAGACAUCAGAUGGCAUCCCCGUUCACAUGAAGCGUGGCGUUCCUGACAAGCUGCUGUACCGUACCACCAUGGCUCUGACAGUCGGAGGCGUUCUCUACUGCCUGGUGGCACUUUAUAUGGCGGCCCAGCCCAAAAACAAAUGACCUGUGCCAAAGCAGGACCAACCUCUCCUCACUUGACACUUUUAUCAGCAGCCAUGUUCCCACCAAGCGGUCCAGUAUGCUCCAAGUCAGCUUCUGGUGGUAUGGAUCUGAAUCACGGUUGCCCACAAUGAUUUAUUCACACGUAUAUUGCACAACACAGCAGCAACACAACCAAUGUUGUAAUAGCGCAUGAUUUUUGCAGCAUUUUAAAGCAGAGUUAGACAAAGCUGCUGGAUGCUGACCACUCAUGACACUUCAAAGCAGCUACUGCCAGAGGUUGCCUACAGCCACAGCUAAUUCAUGUUUUACCGUACCAACGUGAGCCAAACUGUACUGCUUGGUGGAAAUGGUUAAAUUUGAUGUGCUGACACCCAGCAUUUUGCCCCGCCCUCUGUGAAACCUCUUGGGAUUCUCAACAAUAAGAAAUGAUCACUGUCACGCCCUAACAACACAACAAUGUCGCCUUUUCUAUACAAAAUGUAAUGGAUUGAAUAAAUUUUAUGGGAAAACGGGCACAAA